AAUGCCGGGCGAGCAGCAUCGACACCUCAAAAGUCGUAACCGCAUCACCUGCUUAGCAGCUCAGUGGAGGAGCUGGAGGGGUCGAGCCUGCGUUAGCGUGCCCCAAGCGCUCUAUUUGUGUUGAUAUUUAUAUCCUACGAUGACUUGAUUUUGAUGCAAGGCACAGCAAGCAUGUGUCCUUUUUAUCCCGCUACAUUAUCAUGCACUGAUGCUUGCCUGAUAAAUCUAUUCCCUAAUGCGACGUGAUAAAAGUGCAUGCUAGUACAUUCGUCUCUUGUGCUAGAUUUUUUUUUUCCCCUCAAACAACAGCUCAGGUUGCGAGCUGAUUCAAAAAGAUAACUGCACAUACAAAACAAUGUAAGAUAGCGCUUGUUGCUGCUUUCACAUGCUCCAAGGGGAUCAUUUUCUCCAAGAAAACGUCGCGGCUUCUACCUCGUAACAACCCACUUCUCGCAGUAAAGACAUGAUAAUAGGAAGUAUAACACACUAUCUGCGGUUGCGGGAUUUUGUCUCUUGGAAGUAUAGAGCAGAAAAAUGCCUCCUGCAUGACAUCACCGCGCAGUAACUGCAAGAUGAGUAAGAUAGUCCCUCGCAUACAGUGCGAUUAUCCUGCUGCUAAACAUGCUGCCCUCAUUCUCUCUUUGUGUAGGCCUGCAUAUGACAUGAAUGACAAACAGGACAGGCCUUAUGUGUGCGAGGCCCCUGGCUGCUCUCAGCGCUUCCAGUUUGAGGAGCAUCUAAUCAUCCACAGACACAAACAUGAGAUGACCCUCAGGUUCUCCUCCACCAAGACGGAUCCGACUUUUACCGACCAGACGCCGACCCCCACUCGGUUUUUGCAGAACUGUGAAGAAGUAGGUCUAUUCAAAGAGAUAGAGGAGGAAUUUCUGCAGGCGCAAGAAGAGGAGGAGAAAAAACAGACAGUUUCCCAUAAUGGGCCCUGUUGUAUGAAUCAGCACCAGCUCAAAGCCCAGCUCCAGCUCCAGCACCCGCAUCACCAGCCACCGCUUCACCACCCCCACGCCCAUUCCCUGCAGCACCCCCAGUCCCACGGUCCCAUGAUUGGCCCCAGUUGCAGCCUGGCUACCCAGCAAGCCAUAUCCUCCUCCCUGUCUGCAUCAGCCAACAGCCAGGCCCCAUCCAUGCUCACACACUCGGGGCCUGUCCCCGGACCCCCCUCUUCCCUCCUCCACAUACGCAACAGACACUGUCAACCGCUGCCAGCCUCGCUGCCUGGCACCUUGCCCGACCCCGCCAUGCAAGGGGCAUCUGCUCAGCACAUGUCCAGGUCCAAGCAGAUGAUCGGCCAUCACUAUCAACGCCAGCACCCGCUAAUGGCCCCUUUAAACAAUCCUACGGGUUCAUUGAUGGAGAUCAUGUCACAGCGCCACCAGGCUCCUCUACUGCAACACCCCCAUCUCACCCAUCAUCAUCAUCCUCACCUCACUGCACCCCUCAACUACCAACACCGAUGCCAUCCCGCUCACGCACAGCACCUCGGGAGCCCCCACAGCCACCCUCACCCGUCAAGGAACACGCCAGUGCACCAAUCCCCCCCUGCCCACCUCCCCCAAGGGUCACCUCCUGCACCCCCAUUGUCUGUACCUGCACAGCUAUCACCGGUUCCGCAGCAAAUGCACCCGUGCCAAUCGCCGCACUCCCAGCACGCACUGCAGGCAGGAGGAAGCUGCGGCCGCCGGAGGAGGACGGCCGAGCAGGACCCCGACGAGCGCCGGCAAAAGUUCCUGGAGCGCAACCGGGCAGCUGCCACCCGCUGCAGACAGAAGAGGAAGCUGUGGGUGUCGUCGCUGGAGAAGAAAGCUGAGGAGCUUACGCACACCAACCUUCAGCUGCAGAAUGAGGUGACAUCCCUGAGGUCAGAGGUCGGUCAGCUGAAGCAGAUUCUGCUCACCCACAAGGACUGUCCCGUCACGGCCCGACAGAGAGAAGCACAGGGGUACAAUAGGGUACGGACGAGAGUACGCAGCACAACCAGCGAAGGAUCGAGUGACUUUGAUUGACAGCUGUCUCUGUGUCCAGCUGCAGGGGUGAGCCGGGGGGAAGUCCCACCCCUGUAGAUUCUGGGCAUCAUCGGCAGGCCAUCCAACACAACAGUGUCAGCACGUCCUCGGUGAGAGGGAGCGUGCACCGCGACCCAAUGCCUGGACGCUAGAGAUCGGACAGGACAUUUUUUUUAUUAUUAUUAUUUUUUUUUUUUGUGUGUUAAGGUCAUUAGCUCUGUUCAUUUCAAAUGGUGCAUAAAAUAUCGCUCUUAAAAUGGUCGCUGCAUCAAUUUCGUUGGCCGCUAGCUAGGGACGCUCAUUUCAUUUGGCCUCGCUCCUGUAUCUUGCACUAAUUUUGAAAUAUAAAUACUAUAAGCUCGUAUUUUUAACAGAGCAUAUGCAAAUGCGAAUGUGCACCUUUUGCCUUCUCCUCAAAGCAGGAGCAGCUUUUAAAAAAAAUGAUGACUAUAUAUUUUUCUACACUUAAUAAUAAGAACACCUUUUUAGUUUUGUGUCAUUGCAUCGUAAUUUAAAUUCAAUACGUUUUUUUUUUUUUUUU